UUAACCAAUCAACUGUUUUUUUUAUUGCCACUUUCUCUCUCAAUUGACUCAUUGCAAAGCUCUGCCAUUAUUAUGGUUUAUGGGUUUUUGUUAAGAGCUUUAAACUUUUAAACAAAAACCAGUUAAAGCUUCAAUCUUUGAAGCAAAUACUAGCACCCCACUUGGUAAAUUAGUCCCUUUAUCUUAUUCUUUGCUUUGACAAAUUGUUUUGAAGAGAAAAAGAAAAUGACUGUAGAGCAGGGAAUCGGAGAUGGCAAUAUAGACCAGUUUCCUAUUGGAAUGAGAGUUUUGGCUGUUGAUGAUGACCCAACUUGUCUUUUACUGCUGGAAACUCUGCUUCGUAGAUGCCAGUAUAAUGUUACUACGACGAGUCAAGCAAUCACGGCAUUGAGUAUGUUGAGAGAAAACAAGAACAAGUUUGACCUGGUUAUCAGUGAUGUCCAUAUGCCAGACAUGGACGGUUUUAAAUUGCUUGAGCUCGUGGGGCUUGAGAUGGACCUGCCUGUCAUCAUGUUGUCAGCAAAUGGUGAUCCAAAGCUUGUGAUGAAGGGGAUUACUCAUGGAGCUUGUGAUUAUUUGCUCAAGCCUGUUCGAAUUGAGGAACUAAAGAACAUCUGGCAACAUGUAAUUAGGAGAAGGAAAUGUGAUAACAAAGACAGAAACAGCUCGGAUAACCGAGACAAGCCUAAUCAAGGAAGUAGUGAAGCAAUACCUGACCAGAAGCUUAAUAAAAAAAGGAAAGACCAGAAUGAGGAUGAGGACGAGGAUCGUGAUGAGAAUGAACAUGAAAAUGAGGAUCCAGCAACCCAAAAGAAGCCCCGGGUUGUAUGGUCAGUGGAGCUGCAUCGCAAGUUUGUGGCAGCUGUUAAUCAAUUGGGCAUUGACAAGGCUGUUCCAAAGAAGAUUCUCGAUUUGAUGAAUGUUGAAAAGCUUACAAGAGAAAAUGUGGCAAGCCAUCUCCAGAAAUAUAGGCUUUACCUUAAAAGGAUCAGCACUGUGGCAAACCAGCAAGCUAAUAUGGUGGCAGCUUUAGGUAGUUCAGAUGCAUCAUAUCUGCAAAUGAAUUCUAUGAAUGGAAUGGGAUUGCACAACUUGGCUGGAUCUGGGCAGUUUCACAACACCCCUUUCAGAUCUCUCCCUUCUAGUGGAAUGCUUAGUAGGUUGAAUUCUCCUGCUGUUCUGGGCAUUCGUGGUCUUCCUUCUCCUGGAGUGAUUCGAUUAGGUCAUGUACAGAGUGCACCGCACUCAGCUAAUGGUUUAAGUCACUUCCAACCAGUUGGACACCCUGGAAAUAAUGGGAACAUACUUCAGGGGAUGCCAAUGUCAUUAGAACUUGAUCAAAUACAAUCAAACAAGGGUGUCAACUAUGUUAGGGAACUUCCUACUCAUCUUGAUGAUACAGCCACUUUCCCUGUAUCCAGUGGUUCCACAGAUAUGAAAAUAAUUGCUGGGAGCUCAAACAGCCCUUUUGCUGGUGUUUCAGGUAAACCUUUGGUGCUGGAAGGACAUGGUCAAGGGCUCCAAGAUGGCCAAAAAUUUGGAAAUCAAUCUUCUCUCGCAGCAGGUUCCUUAGAUCCAGGAUAUUCUUCCCAUUUCCCGGAUCAUGGUAGAUGUAAUGACAACUGGUCCAAUGCUGUUCAGUCAAAUGGGGUCCAAUCAAGUUCUUUUACCUUAAAUGACUGUUUUAAGCAAUCUACUCUGCAUCCCAGUUCCAUCAGAGACAGCAUGUCAACAAUGGCCUUGCAAAGUAGGAAUAAUCACUGUGAUGUUUCUUCUAUCUCUACUCUGCCCAUUCAUUUACAGGACUCCAAAGCAGAUCUACAAUGCCAAGUGGCUACAAUGAACAGUGAUGCUGGACAAAUAAUCAAUAAUGGCCAGCUAGGGUGGGAUGACCAUAGACAGGAUGAUCCUUACCACGCAAAUGGCAUGUCUAACACAAUAAACUCUGCAGUUCCUAUUAAUGGUAAUGGGAGUCUCAUUGGCCGGAGUUUGGAUCCAAAUAACAUGAUUUUUCAGAGAACAAGAAGCUUCAGGUCAGCAGGACAGUCAAAUUUUGUUGACAGCUCACUGAUGAAGCAUAAUGAGGUUGAAAGUUCAGCAAUGGAAACAUUAGUGAGGUCAAAGGAUGGGUAUUUGCUAGGUCAACAGAAGCAGCAGGACAGCUAUGUUUCGAAUAAUUUUGGCUCCUUGGAGGAUUUGGUGAGUGUAAUGGUGAAACAGGAACAAGACAAGGUGAAGUUACCAGAAGGAGACUUUGGAUGUGGUGGUUAUUCUCUUAGGACAUGCAUAUAAAGCAGAUUUAUGCUGCCAAGCCCACAAGAAAAAAGGAUCUGCGGAAGCAUUACACUUCAUGCAGAUUGAGUUUUUCCUAGUGUAAUUGGUACUCCAUUUAUCUAUGUAUUCCAGUUGUUUUCUUUAGAGGACUGUAUGUUAAUUGCAGUAGUUGUUUUGUUCUCAUAUUCAGUAGAGUAAAAUUUUUUUUCUUUUUGUCUAGUUGAUUAAGCAAAGCAUUGUAAUCUAAUAACAAUUCCUAGAACUUCUUUGAAUUGAACUAGGAAAAUGCCUCGUUCCUGCAAGUGUUUUCUGCACUAUUGAUGGCAUUGAGAUUAUCACGACCCCACACUGAAGAAAAGAACCACUAUUCCAACCAAGAAAAGUGCCCCCGCUGUUAAUAUUGACUAGAAAUGGUUCUUGAUUGUCUCCUACCAAACAACAGUUCCACAUAUGUUACUUAUACCUCCUAGAUCUCACCCCCACUCCAAACAAAAAAGAAAGCUACUAAAGAUAGGAAGGUCAAUGCUUCAGGUUUAUUGCAGAUUCAUGAGAAGGUAAUGAGAAAAGGCAUCCAGGGCCUGUGGAAGCAGGCCAACCCUCACAUCAAUGCCUGCAGAGCCAUUUGGAUUUUGCAUCGAGUAUGCAACCUGAGGGAUUGGAGUAACCAAUGGAGCAGCACAGGCUGCAUCGCCAUGUAGAAAAUCAACCUUGUGGAGUGGCAUCCUUGUCCGAUCAGAAACUAUAGUUUACUCGUUAGGAGGUAGAGUGCCUUGUGGCCCAUCAAGUGCUUCCAUAUAUGCAGUCAGAGUCACUGUUGACAGAGUUCUUAGCUUCUUUUAUCUUCUCUAUUAUAGUUUCAUGGCUUCCUUCC